AAAACUCGUUCGUUUCGUUGUUUGACUGCUUCUCGCUCGCUUGCUUCGACCGACCGACGAGACUCGAGAGUGCGAAAAAAGAGGUUGAUUUCCGUUCGUUUCGGACGCUGCUCGUCUCGCGCGAAGCUCUUUCUGGUCUUGGCCUGCUGCUUUAUUUCCCCACCGUCGUUUCGAUUUUGCGUUUCUGUUUUCUGUGCGUGUAAAGUCGAGUGUCGUGCCGCGUUUUUGGUUUCGGAUUCUGUUGCCACGCACCGGAUUUGCGGUGGUGCCCUUGCGGAACAUUGAUUGGCCAUCAGCGGCCCUCUGGUGGAUAAUUUCCGGUCCGUCAUCUUUCGUUUAUUCUCGUUCCCGUUUUAGUUCGAUUUCUGUGUGUUGAAGUCGAAGUGCUUGUUUCACCACACAUCCAAGCAAUCCAAUUGCCACAGCCUGCUUCUGUUGCUCUGUGAAAGUGCUGCUACGCGUUUCCAACAAAAAAGGGAAAAGAAGCGAAUUUCGGUGUGAAGAGCUCUCUUUUGUGUUGAAGCAAAAAUUGUGUGUUUUAAGUGAUUGUGGGGCCCUGUGGUAAAAUUGUUGGAAGUGCUUGUUCCCGAGUUCCCUCAGAGAUCCGCGUCCGGAUUCAAGACAGUGUGUGGCGACAUCUUUGUGUGCGCCUACUGCGAUUGCUGAAAGGGGAUUACAGUUUUUGGUGGAAUCUUCCAACACGGAACGAACACCCGGAUUAACCUUUCGGAGAGACAGGACAAACGGCACGCAGACCGGUUCCGGUUCGGCAAACACUUGGAUACUUUACGCACCGCUUCAGCCCUCCCCGCUAAUCGGCAACAAAUGCGAUAGAGAUGGCCUCGAGCAGUAGCCACUUCUUCCAAAAGGGCAACUCGGCCCAGUUCGACUUCCUGCUGAACCUGUACCCGCAGGUGCUGAAAGUCAAAGCGGAAAAUCGCGGCGCCGGCAGAAAGCCCGAAAAGUUGAUCCGCCUGGACGAGUGGUACCAGAACACCCUUCCGAAGCUGAUCCAGAAGCGCGGCAAAGAUGCCCACCUGCUGCACGAGGAGCUGGUCCAGCUGAUGGAGUGGAAGCAAACCCGGGGGAAGUCCUACCCCCAGUUGACCCAUCUGAUCAAGAUCAACACGCCGCGGGCCGUCAUGAUGGAGACGAAGAAAGCCUUCCGCAAACUGCCCAAUCUGGAGCAGGCUCUGAAUGCGCUAUCCAAUCUGAAAGGAGUCGGAACGACGAUGGCAUCUGCACUGUUGGCAGCAGCCUGCCCAGAAACUGCACCCUUCAUGGCAGACGAGUGCCUCAUGGCGAUCCCGGAAUUCGAGAGCAUCGACUACACCGUCAAGGAGUACCUCAAGUUCGUGACGCACAUACAGCAGGCCGCCGACCGGUUGAACAAAGAAUUCCACGGCCCAGAACCGGAGAACAAUGGCACCGAGGAGAACGGAGCUCCCCAGGAACCACCCAAGCCGAAGAAAUGGACCGCCCACAAAGUUGAGAUGGCACUUUGGGCGCACUAUGUGGCCUCGGACUUGCAGCCGGAUCUCCUGAAGGGCAUGCCUGAAAGCAACGGAGUCGCCAGCACAGGUUCAGCCGUGACAGUUUCGGUGGCCAAUGGUAGUGCAGCGGUUCCAGAACUGGACAACGAAGACGACAGCUCUCAGAAUGGAGUCCCACCGUCGGACGAGAGCAACCUGGACAGUGAGAGUGCCUCCAAGGAUGCGUCCGUCCUUACCAACGGUACAGCCUUAAUGAAUACGGACAGCAUGGAUGGGUCGGAGAAUGGAAACCCAGCUCCGGCGGAAGCAGAAGCUACGGAAACCACCGCCACGAGCCUCCCCGCCGACAGUCUAGACGAUUGUACCAAAUCGGGCGACAGCCUGGAUGAGGCUCCGGCCGUGGAAGCAACGGCAGCUGCCGUGGCCACCCUUUGCACUGCCGACGGCGAGGACUCUCAGAGCAGCAACAGCCAGAAACGUCCGCUCUACUGUGACGAAAACUCCGAGGAACAACCGGAACUCAGCGCUCCCAAGUUGAUAAAGCUGUAAGCCGCGAGGUGUGGUCGGUGCGAUCGAGAUAGCGAAAGAGAAAGAGCGAGAGUAUCCGAGCGAGCGAUUGAUGAGCGUGAGUUUUUUUUCUUUGGACAUGAAGCAGUAGUAAACAGUGGAAACACUGGAAAUCUUCUCAGAAUCUUCUGGAUUCAGCGGCACGGAUGGAGGCGGCCCGGUAAGGGUCGCCCCUUAUCCUCUCAACCAACCAACCAAUUAAAUGGACCGACCGACCAACUACUUGCUCCAAACUACAUCUUAAUUUUUCUACAAUUUUUGUAUUUUAUUCGUAAUUAUUUUAUUUACAAACCAGCAUUAAUCGGAUUAGCGGUAGUUUGUAGGGCCAGACAGACCAACCAACAGGGACAGGUAAUGCGCAGCAAACCUUCUAAAGACUUUUCCGAAUUCAAAUUGACCUGAACCGAGAGGAAAUUGAGUUUAAGUGUAGCAGCGAAAAGCGAGGCACAGUUUUUUUUCCGUAUGCAAAACAAAAGAUAAGAAAUAAAGUAAGGAAAUCCGUUUUGGUCUCAUUUUAAGGCAUUCUUUACAUUUUUUCCGCACUUUGAUGACUUUGGAGGGCAAAGAUCGCAGAAUUUUAUCGCGAUAUAUGAUUUGAUCUUUCAUUCCCACCUGAUUCCUAAGUAAAAUUCUUCUCCACUAGAAUAUUAGAGAGCUUCACCAAGAAGAAUAGAAAAUUUCACACUACAGUCUGAUGAUUUCUUCUCAGAAGCCUUAAGAACAUAUUAUAGCAGGUUGGGAAACUUCUUCCAGAGAAAUAAAUAGCUUCUCCUAAGAUGUUUUCAGAGCUUUCCCGAAAGUUGGAUAACUUCUAGCAAAAGUUUUGGAAGCUCCUUAAAUUUAGGAGCGUUUCUGUUAGAAAUCUGGAGAGGUUCUCUCAGAAGCCCGAAAAGCUUCGCUCAGAAGUCUGUAUAGUUUCUCCCUAAAGUCUUGAAAGCUCCUAAAAUUUAGGAGCGUUUCUAUGAAAAGGCUGGAGAGUUUUUACCAGAGGGCUGGAGAGCUUCUCCCAGAAGUCUGGAGAGCUUUACUCAGAAUCCUGGAGAGCUUCUCCCAGAAGCCUGGAGAGCCGAAAGUCUUGAAAGCUCCUAAAAUUUAGGAGCGUUUCUAUCAGAAGGCUGGAGAGCUUCUCCCAGAAGUUUGGAAAGCUUCUCCCAGAAGCCUGGAGAGCUUCUCACAGAAAUCUGGAGAGCUUCUCCCAGAAGCCUAGAAAGCUUCUCCCAAAAGCCUGAAGAGUUUCUUCCAGAAACGUGGAGAGCUUCUCCCAGAUGCCUGGAGAGUUUCUCCCUGAAGCCUGGAGAGCUUCUCCCAAAAGCCUGGAGAAUUUCUCUCAGAAGACUGGAGGGCUAUCCUAGAAACCUAGAUAGCUUCCCCAGAAGCCUGCAGAGCUUCUCUCAAAAGCCUGGAGAGCUUCUCUCAGUAGCCUGGAGAGCUUCUCUCAGAAGACUGUAGAGUUUCUCCCAGAAGCUUGGAGAGCUUCUCCUAGAAACCUGGAGAGCUUCUUUUAGAAAACUGGAGAGUUUCUCCCAGAAACCUGGAGAGCUCCUCCCAAAAGCAUGGAGAAGCUGUCCUAGAUGCCUGGAGAGCUUAUCUCAGAUACCUGGAGAGUUUCUCCCAGAAACCUGGAGAGCUUCUCCCAGAAACCUGGAGACCUUCUCCCAAAAGCCUGAAGAGCUUCUUUCAAAAGCCUGGAGAGCUUCUCCCAGAGCCUGGACAGCUUCUCCCAGAGCCUGGACAGCUUUUCCCAAAAGGCUGGAGAGCUUCUUCCAAAAGCCUGGAGAGGUUCUCCCAGAAGCCUGGAGAGCUUCUCUCAGAUAAUUGGAGAGCUUCUCCCAGAAACCUGCAAAGUCUCUCCCAGAAGCCUGCCGAGCCUCUAUCAGAAGCCUGGAGAGCUUCUCGCUGAAGCUUGGAGAGUUUCUCCCGAAACCUGGAGAGCUCUCGGUAGACUGGAGAGCUUCUCCCUAAAGCCUGAAGAGCUUUUCCGAGAAACCUAGAGAGCUUCUCCCAGAAACCUGGAGAGCUUCUCUCAGAAGACUGGAGAGCUUCUCUAAGAAGAUUGGAGAGUUUCUCCCAGAAGCUUGGAGAGCUUCUCUCAGAAGCCUGCAGAGCCUUUAUAAGAAGCCUGGAGAGCUCUCGGAAGACUGGAGAGCUUCUACGAGAAGCCUGUAUAGCUUCUCUCAGAAAACUUGAGAGCUUCACUUAGAAGUCUGCAGAGCUUCUCCCAGAAGCAUGGAGACUUCUCCCAGGAACCUGGAGAUCUUUUCCCAGACACCUGGAGAGCUUCUCCCAGAAACCUGGUAAGCUUUUCCCAGAAACCUGGAAAGCUUUCCCCUGAAGCCAGGAGAACUUUUACCAGAUGCUCAUUAAACCAGAAUCAUGGAUGAUUUUUAGAAAUGCUUAUUUAGAGCUUCUCCGUGAAAUUCUGAAAGCUUCUUGAGAGACUACAGAGCUUUUCCAAAGGCCUGGAGAGGUUCUCCAAUACAUUAAAGAGAGCUUUUGCUAAGAGCAUUGAGGGCCUCUCUAUAAAGCUAGAAAAGCUUCUCUUGCAGCUGGAAAACUUCUUCCAAGAUAUCGGAAAAUUUUGCUUCCACCAGAAUCUUUUCCCAUCAUAAAACGCUUUUUCCUGAAGCUUGGAGAUCUUAUCCCAAAAGCCUAUAGAGCAUCCUAUAAUUCUGGAAAGCUGUUCAAAGAAGCUUGUAGACCUACUUCCUGAUAAGCUUCUCCAAGAAGCUUAAAGAACUGAUCCUAAAAGCCCGGAGAUUUCUUACUGGAAUCUUGCGGAGCUUUUCCUAAUACUGGUGACGCUUCUCUUACAAGCCUUUAAAGCUUUUUACAAUAGAAUAUGGAGCUUCUCCUAGACUUUUCUACAGCUUUGCUAGAGAAGCUUCUCCCUUAAGCAUUUUUUUUACUAUUUUUCGUUAAGUGGUCAGUAUGAAUUUGUCAAAUAAGCGACUCACAUUCAGAUAACAUAACAAAUUACAUCAAAAAAGGUUGUUUCGCGAAGUCGAACGCAUCCAUUUUACAACAUAAACAAUUGUCAGGUUCAACCAAAAGAAAGUGACUUAUUAGAGAUUAAAGACAAAUACGACGUUGAAUUUAAACCCUGCUUACAUUGAUGGGAUAGUAUAGAAAAACGAGAAAACCCCUCUUAACGUUGCCACACAAUACAUGCGUACAUGAAACGUCUGAAACAAGCUAUCUUUGUAGCUUUCCUUGGCAGAAAUUUCAAAACAUACACUGAGAAAAAUGAGUUCGACGGAAAUAAAUUCCAAAAUGGCCGACUGAAUGUGUUUCCGAUGCUUAAAUCAUAUACAACAAACAUUCGUUACCUUUUUUGCAAUUUUUGGUUAUUUCACCCUUGCAAACUGUCUCAUAAAUUAUCCUAUCGACAGAAAGAAUGCUCUUAGCUGGUUUUCAAUUUUCCGAGUUCUUAAAUGAGAGCAUAAUUCGCCGUCGAAACCAAACAACUGCUUGAACCGAAUUUCCAUACGAUUCUUUUGUGAGAGAAAGAGAUAAAGCAUGUGCGUACGCGUCAAAAGAACAAUAGGAAAAGUAAGAGCAAGUACACUCAUGAAGCAACGGAUUAGACAUGCCCAAAACGCUACAUAGGAAUGGAUAUAUAUAUUUUUGAUAGAAACCUAUUUAUACUUAAAAUACAAGAAGCAAAGCCAGCAGAUGUUGUGAACGGAAACUCACUUCUUUUUCGCGGUACACGCAACUGAAGGGCGGAGCGCGCAGGUGAACUUCGUCGCGAAAUUAUGUAUACAAAUUGAUUUUUAGGAUGUUAACGGAAGGCAAACACAAAUACAAACAAACUCUUACAAACAAUGCGCGGUUGCUGAUCGACGGAUUGAGGUGUAAACGUGGUUUAAUCAUGGCGUCAUACUAUUGGCAGAUAGUGUCAGUUAGUUUCUUGGCACACUACUGUCAAAAAUUUCUCGAGCGCGAUGGCUAAAACAGUUCGCAGCUUGCUCCGAUCGGAGGAAAAAAAGUAUAAAUUAAAUUUACACUGAAUAAAAUACAAUUCAUUUAUUAAAUCGCAUAUAUUUAAUCAAACAAAAAAACACAACAUGAAGGAAAUCGAUAGGACUCUUAGGUAGGUUAGGUAUCUCAUCGCUGCUGCAUGCAUACCCGGUAAGGAUUUUCUUUAUGCG